AGUGUUGGUCAUCAACUGGUUGUAAGUAACAUUGACAAUUAGAAUCAAGGUUAUUAUUAGUAAUUUCCUCAAUCAAAUGAACCAGAGAGAUUUUCUCAUUUUCAAUAAUCACAAUUGAUUAUAAUUUAGACAAUUAACUUUUCAUUUUACAAUCGUUAAAUCAACAACAACGAUUAACUUGAUUUGUGACUCAAUCAACUGAUUAUAAACAUGAUAAUCAAAUAUCAUCUAUUACAAUUAUUUAUCUCAAUUACUUUAAUUGUUUCAAAAGUUUCAUCUACAAAUGAUUGGAUAGUUAAACAACCUCAUUUGAUUAAAACUGGAUUUACUAAUAUCCUAUGGGAAUAUAUUGAUUCUAAUGAUUUUAAAGUUAAUCAAAAUGUAACUAAAGAGUGUAAAUUAAGUUUGAAUUAUGUAAAUCAAUCAAUGAGUGAAGGUCAAGAUUGGCCAAUUAAAUUGUUUGAAGCUUCUGGUUCAAUACCUGAUGAUUUUUCUGGUUAUGGUUAUUUGGCUUUUGGUAAUAUUGAUCAAUGUAAACAAUUAAAUUGGAUUAAUUAUGAUGGAAACAAUCAACUUGCUUCUUAUUGUUUGACUUCAUUUCUACCAAAUAAUAAGACAAUUAACUUGAGUGACAAUAUUUUCACUUCAAGUAAAAUAAUCUCAUAUGAAUAUGGAGUCAGUUUUAGGAUAGGAUUUUGUUUGCCUUCUGAUUGCUCAUCAAAUGAUUUACAAAUCAUCGCUUCCAAUGCUCUUAAACCAUAUGAUUGGGAUCUGUUUAGUGUUGAUCAUUGUUUAGUCAAUGAAACUUUCAUUGAUAAACUAAUCAAAGCGCCAAUUUUACAGAAAUUAUGUUUAUUCUUAUUAAUUGUAAUGAUCUUAACUGUAUUGGUCGCCAAUGUCUUGGAAUACAAAUCAUCAAAACUAAAUAACAACAACAAAAAUGAAAAUUAUAAUUACGAUCAAUCAAAUUGGUUUCACCAUCUCUCAUUUAAAUCAAGUUAUCGACAAAUUGUCCAACCGAAUUGGUCUUCAAAUAGGAUCUUGAUCCUUCUGAAAUUUUCGUCCAUUGUUCACUGUGUUAAUCUCUCUUAUCAUAUCAUUACCUGGCAAAUAGUAAACAAGACAAUCACGCUAACCCUUUCAGCCAUUGCUAUGCCAAUUCCAAAGGGAAUAGUGAGUAAUUUUCUUGCACCGAUUCUUUCAUCUGAUUGGUACGUUGAAGGUUUAUUCGUAUAUGGAGGUUUCGCUCGUUCCAUGGAAUUAUGGAAAAAAGUUGGACCAACGACGAGAUUUUCUCAGCUAAUUGUUUCCACUUUAACUAAAUUGCUUUCAUUAUCUCUACUGCUUUUAUUUAUUCUAAUGAUCCAUGUUAAUCUACCUUUGGUUUUCUCAUCUGGACCUUACAAUUUACUUGAACGAGAAUCGAACAUAUGUCUUAAACACUUUUGGAAAACAAUUUUUCUACAUAACAAUCAGGUUUAUGACAUAGAUAAUUUAUGUUUAGGUCAUUUCUGGUCAGUUUCGGCUGAAAGUCAACUUUUACUGGUCAUCGUUGUUCUUGUCUUUCUAUAUAAACGCUAUCCUAAAAUUGCGUUAACAGUUAAUCUAAUCACCAUAAUCGGAUCAUUAUAUUAUGUUGGUUUCCUUUUCUACCACAAUCAAUAUCAGGCACAUGCAUAUGCGUGAAGGCAAUACUAAAAUUUACAGAUCAACUGAAAUUCAUACUUUCCAUGUUUACCUGAGAACCAUGUCUCACCUUUGGAUGUAUUCAAGUACAACUUUAUUCACGUACUUAAUUAUGAACGAUUAUGUACCAACGAUUAAUAAGAUUCCAAUUUGUAAGAAAAUCAAUGAGAACCUUGUGGCUUUUGGUUUCAGCUUAUUUCUCAUUCAACCAAUUUACUACAAUCUAAUUGAACCUUAUCAGAAUCAAUUGAUUCUCGCAAUUUACGUGGUUGUUUUUCGAGUAAUUUGUUUGAUAUUUUGGUUCUUUGCCCUGAGUAGAGUGAAAAUUUCUCAUGAAAGUAGCGAGGAAAAUGGCUUCUUGAAACAAAAUGAAUCAACUAAUCAUCAGGAAAUUAAUCAAAAGAAAUCAAUGGAUUUGGAAAAGGAGGAUAAACAAUUAAAGUUUUUCUCAAUCAUUGCUACCAUUUUAAAAUCAACUUAUUGUAUUCAUAUAACUGUCAUGACUGUUAUACUUAAUUCACUAAGACAUCAAAUCGUAACUUAUACUAGCAUGUUCUCCUUGUUUAUAUUUGAAUUAUCGUCAUUUUUUAUUGGUGGUUUACUGUUUCACUUUUUCAUUCUUGGUCCAUUCACAAGUAUAUUUGUCUCAAUGAAGAAGGAAAAGAAAACUAAAUCAAAUUAACUAAUCAACAAUCAAUCAAUGAGGAACAAGUUGAUGACACUUUUACAAUUUCGUCCAAGAAUCAGUUAACUGUUUGUGUUCAAAUUUUUUCAAACAAUGUUUCGUUUUUUUAUUUAGAGAAUCGAGAAUCACAAUUAUUAUUUAUCAAGAAUUAAGCAUCAAACAUCUUGUUGAUACUUUCUUAAUUUAAUGUAACUUUUUCCAUUCACAAGAAAAUUAAAUCUUAAUGAUACAAAAAUAAACUUGAUUGAAGAAAGACAA